UGCCUGCAGCUGCUGUGCGGCGCGGUAUGGCGGUAUUGGCGCCUGGCGGUAGUCCGGUAAUUAAGAUCCGGUAAUCAACUGAUUGUUUGCAAAUAGUUUUUCAACUCAACAAAAAUAUAGAAAUUUCAAGCACUUACCAUCUUUGCAGUGGUGAUGAUAACAGUUAUUAGUAAAUGAAGAUACGUUUUUCUGAAUAGUUUUUGUGCAUCUGUGUCUGGUGUCUGUAAUCUGUAUGUGCCCUGAAGUGCCCUGGAACUGGAUUGUUCAAGAUAGCUAGAGGUAGAGCUGUAUAAUACUUUCCCUCAACAUGGAUGUUUUGGAAUAUUCAGAUAUUUCAGCUGAAUUAAAAGGAUGUAUGACACAAGGAAAACUGAAAAUAACAGACCAACAUAUAAUAUUCAAGAACAGCAAAACUGGCAAAGUAGAGCAAAUAUCUUCAUCAGAUUUUGAUUUAGUAAAUUUCCAAAAUUUUGCUGGUACCUGGGGUAUCCGCCUGUUUUUGAAAAAUGGUAUAUUGCAUAGAUUUGUUGGCUUCAAGGAUUCAGAUAAAGAAAAAAUUGCCAAGUUUUUCAAUAAGAACUUCAAAAUCGAUAUGUUAGAGAAGGAACUAAGUGUGAAAGGAUGGAAUUGGGGCACAGCUAAGUUCAAUGGAUCAGUUUUGAGUUUUGAUGUAGGUUCUAAUAGUGCCUUUGAAAUACCCCUCAAUAAUGUUUCACAGUGCAUUGCUGGUAAAAAUGAAAUCACCAUGGAGUUUCACCAGAAUGAUGAUGCACCUAUUGGUUUAAUGGAAAUGAGAUUUUUUAUACCUUCUAAUGAGUUAGCUGGAGAUGUUGAUCCAGUUGAAGCAUUCCAACAACGUGUUAUGGAUAAAGCUAGUGUUAUCAAUGUUUCUGGUGAUGCCAUUGCCAUUUUCAGAGAAAUUCAAUGUCUUACACCUCGUGGACGAUAUGAUAUCAAAAUAUUCCAUAGCUUUUUUCAACUCCAUGGUAAAACAUUUGAUUAUAAGAUUCCUAUGAGUACUGUCCUUCGGUUAUUCCUGUUACCACAUAAGGAUAGCAGACAAAUGUUCUUUGUAGUCAGUUUGGAUCCGCCUAUAAAACAAGGACAAACAAGGUAUCAUUUCUUGGUGUUGUUGUUCAACCGAGAGGAUGAAACUUCCAUUGAAUUGCCGUUCUCUGAGGAGGAAUUGAAAGAAAAGUAUGAAGGUAAAAUAGAGAAGGAGCUCAAUGGUCCUACAUUUGAGGUGCUUGGAACAAUUAUGAAAAAUAUUAUAAAUCGGAAAUUGACUGGUCCUGGAGGAUUUGUUGGUCAUUCUGGUACCCCAGCCGUGAGCUGUUCUUUCAAAGCAGCAGCUGGACUGCUCUAUCCGCUUGAACGCGGCUUCAUCUACGUGCACAAACCUCCGUUGCACAUUCGUUUCGAAGAAAUAGCCUCUGUCAACUUUGCCAGAGGCGGGGGCAGCACCAGGUCCUUCGAUUUCGAAGUCGAACUAAAGUCAAGUACCAUACACACCUUCAGUAGUAUUGAAAAAGAGGAGUACGGGAAGCUAUUCGACUUCAUCACAUCGAAAAAACUCAAUAUCAAGAAUAGGGGGAAGAAUGACAAGUCGUCGUACAAGGACGAUUUCGGCGGGUCGGACGAGGAGGCCGCCCCCGAUGCGUACCUGGAGCGCGUCAAGGCCGAGGGCCAGGAGCGCGACGAUGACGACGGCAGCGACGACGACGGCAGCAGCACCGACGAAGACUUCAAUCCCGAUCAGGCGGAGAGCGACGUGGCGGAGGAGUUCGACAGCGCGCACAGCAGCUCCUCGGAGGAGGAUGAGGAGGGCGGAGGUGGAUCAGGUGGUGAACGCAAAGAAAAGAAAGAAAAGAAGGAGAAGAAGAAAACCAAAACAGUGUCCGAGAAACCGAGAAAGAGACGCGAAAAGAAGGAAAAAGACGAAAACAAACCGAAACGUGCCACUACUGCUUUCAUGUUAUGGCUGAACGCCACAAGGGAACAAAUCAAAAAAGAUAACAAGGGUAUCAAAGUGACGGAAAUAGCCAAGAAGGGAGGCGAGAUGUGGAAAGCACUCAAAGACAAAUCGGAAUGGGAAGCAAAAGCGAAGAAAGACAAAGAGCGAUACGAAAAAGAGAUGGAGGAAUACAAAGCUAGUGGUGGCGGUUCCGAUUCCAAAGAGAAAAAGCCGAAGCAAAACCGACCCAAGGAAGCCAAAAAAGCCGACAAAACCGAACAACCCGACAAACCCCAACAACCCGACAAACCCCAAAAACCUUCCGAAGACAACAGCAGGUUCAAGAGUAAAGAAUAUAUCGAAGAUGAUGAUAGUAGUGACAGUGAUGAUGAUGAGAAAGGAAGCAAAAGAAAAAAGGGAAGCGACGAUGAAUCUACCAAAAAGAAGGCUAAAAAAGGUUCCGAUAGUGAAACUGAAAAAAAAGAUAGUGAUGAUGAGGAUGAUAAAAAUUUGUCUAAAGAAGUAUCGGAUAGUGAAACUGAAAAAAAAGAUAGUGAUGAUGAGGAUGAUAAAAAUUUGUCUAAAGAAGUAUCGGAUAGUGAGAGUGACAAAGAUAGUGAUGAUUAAGGUAUUGUUGUGUUAACUGUUCAUUAAUUAAAUUAAAUAACACGUUCUUAUGAUAUAA